AUGUCUGAUUCAGACUACGCCGCCGCCGACGACUCUGACGUCGAAUAUCCUUUCUUGGACGACGAUGGCGGAGACCACGUCUGUAACGUGGACUAUGCAUCGAAAGGAAAGGAGAAAGAGCACACUACUCGGAUAUCUUUCAGGAGUCUUUCUCCGGACGAGCUCCAGAACAUGAUAGAUGAUGACAUACGCGAACUCGCUGCUAUUAUACCUUGUCAGCAACCCGUUAUUUCGAUCCUUCUCCGCCACUUCCACUGGAAUAGAGAACGUUUGCUGGAGAAGUACGUCGAGGACGCCGUGCAAAUGUUCAAGACCGUGGCAGAGCCCUACGAUCCACCUGCGAGUCCAACCCUUCGCCCAAAUAAGCGUGCUCGUUUGGAAGCACCCGCGGACGACCCGAAAUAUUCCUGCGGCAUUUGCUUCGAUGAGUAUGACAGUCAUGAUACCUUCGAGACCAGGUGCGGUCAUAGGUUCUGCAAUACCUGCUGGAAUAUGUAUCUCGAAAGUAAGAUCAAGGAAGAAGGUCAAUGCUCUAUCAAAUGCAUGGGCGACAGCUGUAAGACAGUUGUGGACGAGCCAUCCAUAGCGCAAUUAGUCGAUGCGUCUUGUUACCAACGUUACCGAAAGCUAUUGCAGGAGUCAUACGUUGCCGCAAACCCUGCGCUACGCUUUUGUCCGCAUCCUUCAUGCACACAGACCGUCUAUUGCCAAGGGGUAACCCAGUCUAUCCUGGCGAGCGUUGUACCGACCGUCUCUUGCGGCGCGGAGCAUCUGUUCUGCUUUGGCUGUGGUUUGGACUCGGACCAUAAACCGCUGAUAUGCAAGCUGGUGAAGAUAUGGCUGAAGAACUCUAGGGAAGAUGCUGGGACUGCGCAAUGGAUCAAGGCUAACACCCGUACUUGUCCUAAAUGCCAGCAGAGCAUAGAGAAGGCCGGCGGAUGCAACACGUGGAAAGAGCCAGAGCCUGAUGAAAACAUGACCGAUGCAAAGAAGUCCCUGGAAAAAUGGCUAUUUUAUUUCGACCGUUUCAACAAUCACGAGGUCUCGGCCAAUCUCGAUCAAGAGCUAGUGGAGAGGACCAAGGAGAAAGUAGUCAAGGUCCAGGAAGCUAGCAACCUUUCAUGGAUUGAGGCGAAAUUUAUGGAGGACGCGGUUGACGAGUUGACGAAAUGCCGCAGAACACUGAAGUGGACCUAUGCGAUGGCUCAUUUUCUCGCACCAGGGAACAAGAAACAAAUGUUUGAGGACCUGCAAGCAAACCUCGAAAAGGGGGUCGAAGAUCUGUCGCAGUUGCUGGAGGAACCAAUUGAUCCAGAGUCGAUCCAGAGUUUGCGUCAGAGAAUGAUUGACAAGACCGUGUAUGUCCAAAAGAGACAUGAGAUAUUACGCGAGGAUACUGCGAGUCGCCUGAGCGAGGGAAACUGGGAAUGGACCGUGCAGGUCGAGUAACGAUCAAUGUCUCCGGCUACGUUCAUAUCAACUCAUAGCUAUAAUACGGUUGGUGGCGUAUGCACUUCAGCUCCCAGUACGCACUCCUACUUUAGUAAGUACUAGGGAAGCCC